AUGUCAGUGCUUCCCGGGUCUCCCGCAAUCGAGCCUCCCACGGGUCAGGUAGACGAGCUCGUGGCUGAUCCUGAGGAUAUCGACAAGAUGAUCCAAGACGACAAGCACACUGGCGUGAGACAACGUCUUUGGGGGUUUCAAGCCCGACUUGAUCCCUCUGUCACUCUGGAAGAGUAUAUGCACUGGGCGGAUGUCGAGAGGGAGAUGGAGGAAGAAGAGUUCCGGCACUACAAGGGCAUCGACACUGUCGGUGGUGGCCUCGUGGCAUCACUCAAGAAUUUCUUCGGGAGAGAGCGAUCCAACGAUACCCAGACCAUCUACGGCAACGCUCCCACAGUGCCACACUCCGAGAAGAGACUCCCACUGGAGAAGGACACCAAUUCCAGUGAUAUAGAGAGUCCGGUCAGACCCGCCGCCCCUUCCGCAAGUCAUGAGUUCGACGCCGAGUGGAGAACUGCUGUGAGGGCCCUUCGAACUGCCAGCUGGGGAGGCGUCUUCUACCUCAUUACCACAGAUAUUCUUGGCUGGAGUCAGACCCCCUAUGUCCUAGCCAACACAGGAUACGGCCUCGGAGUCGGCAUGUUUGUCCUCAUGGGCCUCGCAGCGGCAGCAUCUGGAUGGAUGAUAUGGAAGACAUUUCUGGCCCUCGACUCGUCACGCUUUCCGGUAUUGAGCUUCGGUGAUCCCUUCUUCCGCCUCUUCGGCCCAAGGGCUCGUCAUGCCAUCAAUUUUGCCCAAGGUCUCCAAAUGUUUCUGAGCGUCUGUGUCCUUCAACUAGGCCAGACGAAUGUUGUGGCACAGCUCGGUGAGAGUGCAAAUCUAUGCUUUAUUGUGUGCGGUAUCAUCGCGCUCGUCGUGGGCAUGGCCAGUGGAUAUCUGCGAUCCCUGAAACAUCUCAGCUGGCUGAGCAACGCUGCGGUUUGGCUCAAUGUCGCUACAUUCAUCAUCGUUUGUGUUGCUGCGGCCAAGUACGGACCUGAUCCAGUGCCUCAGGUCAACGGCGGGAUAUUACCCAAAUCAUGGGCGAAGAAUCCCGCGCCUGUGAAGACGUUCAUUGGUGUACCUCCAGCGAGAUACCAACCCACCGACACAGAUCUGUUUGCGGCAGAGUUCAAUGGCAUCAACAGCAUCGUCUACGCCUACUCUGGCGCAGUCUUGUUCAUCGCAUUCAUGGCCGAGAUGCGCCAUCCGAUGGACUUUUGGAAGGCGGUGUUCUGCGCCCAGUUUUUCAUAUGUGUGGUGUACAGCUUCUUUGGCGCUUUCGCAUACACAUAUUACGGCCAAUACAGUUAUUCUCUAGUCAAUCAGGUCGUUCAGCCUCUUGGCCUUCAAAUCGCCGGCAAUGUGCUCACCUUGAUCACAGGGUGGCUCGCUAUUUUCUUGUACUUCAAUGUGGGGCUCAAGAUGGUGUAUCUGGAGAUCGGUCAAGAGUUACUGCAUCUCCCACCAAUCACCACCACCAAGGGCAAGUACAUUUGGUGGAUCAUAGGUCCCAUCUACUGGAUCCUCGCCUUCGUGGUGGCGAUGUCUGUCCCACAAUUCAACGCCUUCACUAACUUCGUCGGUGGACUGUUCAGCCUGAACUUCACCUAUUCGUUCGCCGGGAUGAUGUUCACUGCGCUCAAGGUCCAGCAGUACGGGAAGCUCCCAGGAGAAGGGUUCGAUCCAGCCACCGGCGUGACAACCCGACAUGAUGGUGGGCCAAAGCGAUGGAUGCGCGGGUUCAUGAAAGGGUGGAAAUUCACUGUGCCAGCCCUCAUCUACACCUGCGCUGGACUGGCGGCGUCGGGUAUGGGGACCUGGGCAGCUAUUCUGGCCCUCCAAGCGGCAUUUGGCCCGGGCGGUUCUGUGGUGACAUCCUGGACAUGCACGAAUCCAUUUUAUACCGGCUGA